AUGAGAAUUGUUGGUUCCUGCUGUUACGCUUUAAACAUGAGGGUAAGCGACGAUAUAAUGUACAAGGAGCGCUGUAAUUUGUUGUACUAUUGGUUAGGUGAAAAAAUGAGAGAACAACUUCAAGAUUCUCAAUUCAAACAGGCUAUCUCCGUAUUAUACAAUAUACUGCAGAACCCGGAGCAUGGAUGGAAUUGCACCGACAUAUACCGUGAUAUUAGUUGGGAUGUUUUCGAACGGAAGAAGAAAAUAUUUGACUAUGAAUAUAACAAAAAAGUUCUGACGGAGAAAUCUAACUGUAGUGCAUACUUAAGUAAUUCAAAAUAUGACCAGUGCCGGGAGGAUGCUGAGGAAGCAUAUGAUUGGUUCUGCAAGCAUUGUGGGGAUAUGACUAAUGAUUCAUAUUGUAAAAAAUUUAUACAGAACUAUGGGAAAGGUAUGCCGUGUAAGCAGGAGAAACUGAAGAAACUACCACAAUUAACGUGCGUUUCAGCACCGGCAGCAGCGAAACCUCGAACAUUGGCAGAGAAGGAUCCCUUGGAUGAAUUAGAUUCGAGGAAAAUUUAUAACAGACUAGACCAAUAUCAGCAGAAGCAAUGUGCACAAACGGAUUUCGCACAAGAAAUAAGGAAUAUAUUAAACGGUGCUAAUUUAUUAGGUGAAACAAUUGUUAAGGAGAUAAUAAACACACUUUGUUAUAUAAGUAGGGACGUGGAGGAUGAUGAUUCAGAGAACGACCAGGAUAAUACUUUCUUCUACUAUUGGAUGGGUGAAAAAUUGUCCACAAUCCUUGGUGAUGCCAAAUUCAAAGAAGUUAUGAAUAAAUGUAAGAGCGAAGUUGAGAGUAAUAUGAACAAGUAUAACUGUGAUUUUGUGGACACGCCUAAUAGUAUUAAUGUGUUCGAAGCAUUCAAGACAGUGUACGAUUACUAUUAUGACCGGAAUUGCAUGGAGAGAACUUUAGGGACUGGGCACGAGGAUUGUGCUGACCCAUAUUAUAAAUACUUACUGAGAGCGCAGGAUGCGUAUAGGAUUAUGGAGGCAGAGUGCACAGGGAGCAAUAGUAGUAAAUGGUGUGAGAAAUUUGGCAGCUCGUAUGGAGAAUGUAAGAGUGGGAAGAAGGUAAAUGAGGAGUGCAGGGUGAAAAGUAUAUCCGGAAAAUCAUGUAUAGACGAUUCUGAAGCAGAAACAAGUACAUUCCUUGCACCAAAAGAAACAUCCUCAGGAACCUCCUCCGAAGGUAGCAACAUCACUCCUGCCAUAUCUGCUGCUGGACUCGCAUUAGUAGGAUUACCGAUGGCCACUUUUUUCUUAUAUAAGUAUAAUCUUUUACCUGAUUGGUUCCAUAACACAUUUAAGGGGGAAAGAAGGAACAUCAUAAGCAGAAGAUCCAUUGAACGCAACACUGAUGUGCUAACGGACGAUACUUCUACAGAGUAUUCAGCUGAUUCUGCAACAGCAGGUUCGACGGUGGAUUCGAUACUGGACGACUCAACAUUAUAUUCUGCUCCAAUCACUAUAACGCCGAAAAGAAGAAGUAAUAGAAAAGAACUGAGAAAUAUUCGUUACGGUAGCAUGUAA